GGCUUCUUCCUCGCCGGCGCGGCCCGGUGCAGUUCCGGCGGCAGCACGUGACCGGAAGCGGGGCCCGGCGGCGGGAUGGCGGCGGAGGGCGAUGUGGAGCUGGAGCUGGAGACGGAGCCCAACGGCUCAGGCGGCGGCAGCGAUGGGGCGGGCGGACGCGCGGCCGAGAAGCCGCGGAAGCACGACAGCGGCGCGGCGGACCUGGAGCGCGUCACCGACUACGCGGAGGAGAAGGAGAUCCAGAGCUCCAACCUGGAGACGGCCAUGUCGGUGAUCGGAGACCGGAGGUCCCGGGAGCAGAAGGCGAAGCAGGAGAGGGAGAAGGAAUUGGCCAAAGUGACGAUCAAGAAGGAGGACCUGGAGCUGAUCAUGACGGAGAUGGAGAUCUCACGGGCAGCCGCUGAGCGCAGCCUGCGCGAGCACAUGGGCAAUGUAGUGGAGGCGCUGAUCACCCUCACCAACUGAGGAGCACCGGGACCAGCCCCUCGCCAGGUGUAGGGGCAGCUGCAGGGGCACCAAUAAAGGCACUGGUGGAGUGGC